AUGCAUGUUAUCAACAAGAAGUGUUGUCUGCUGUUGUAUUAUAUAUCUGUUGUCUGCUGUUGUAUUAUAUCUCUGUUGUCUGCUGUUACAGAGUCGCCACCGCCGCCGUACCAGCGGUUCGCGCGUGAGAGGCUCAAACCUGAGGACCGAGCCCCGAGCGAAGGCGGCGGAUCACGCUGUUCACUCACCACUGAAGAUGAACCAGUGGGGGUAGAGUGGUGUAGACUCGCGUACUGGGAGCUGUCUAAGAGAGUGGGACGCCAGUAUGCAGUCAUCACAGCGGCCAUCAACGUCUUCUGGAACAUCCCUCAGGGCACAGGUCUGUGUCUAGAGUCUCUGGCAGGGCACAACUUCUCCCCACCCCCCGACGCGGUGCGCCGUGCUCGAGAAAAAAUUGGCAGAGGCUUGACUUUGAGUCGAGAGCCUGAUGGAGUUUGGGCGUACAAUCGCAGCGAAGCUCCGAUCUUCGUUAACUCGCCCUCAUUGGACGACCCAGACUCCCGAACACAUCUAGUCUACCGCGUGCCCCCUGGUCACUGUCUGAACAUCUUCGUACCUGGAGCACCCCCCCGUACGUGGACCCCCCACCCCCCCACGGGACCCAUAGACCAGGACUCUGUUCGCAUCAGCUUCGCCAAAGGCUGGGGCCCGAAAUACUCGAGGCAGGAAGUGACCGCUUGUCCAACGUGGCUAGAGGUUCUACUGGCGCCUUGCAGAUGAUAGAACUCUGCGGACAGUCAAUUCCUCAACAUUCUAAUUCUAAUGCGAAGGCACUUGUCAGAAUAGUGGGUUUGACUCAUGUCCAUUCUAUUGUGAAAAGAAUAUGCUUAAAUUGUCAAAAAUAACAAUAUUUAUUCUACAACAACGUCAUAUUUUUAUGACAUUAAUUAUUGUAGACUACCAAAUUCAAAAUUCUUACAUUCCUAGUUAGAUUGAAUUUGACGCAUUUAUAUAAAAUUGUUGUUAUUUACAUGCUCCCAAUUAGAAAAGGGACAGUUUAGUGAGUUCUACAUUGUUUGGUAUUUUAACAGUGAUUGAAACAUACUUGACCAUAAACUGCUUUAACAGAUAGAAUGGAAGGUGUCAGUCAGCCCACUAUUCCUAUUGUAGGAGGGUUGUACUUGUUUACAGUUUUAAGUAAACAACGUGACAACCUUAUCUGUGUUGGUAAUAAGCUUUAAUUAUUUUAUCCAUGAAAAGUUUUAUUUAGUUUUAACAGUUUAAGUGUUGGGGAAUACUAUCAUCUCUGAUAACAAGUCUAAAUUCAAUCAAAUUAGCUUUAGUGGCUGUGCCAUAAUUGUAAUUCAUGAAGGGUCAAAACAACAUUUGCAGUGAUGGAAAACAUUACUAUUUAAUAGUAAUGAUUGUUGUUCCUACGUAGUUUCAAAUCAAUUUUGGUUAAAUGUUCGGUAAUUAAAAAAAAAACCAGUAUUAAGUGGGAAUACAAAUGUUUUUUGAAGAAACUAAACUAUACAACUUCAAUGAGUGAGUUUAUUCUGAUUUGUGAGCAAUUGUUUUGUAAAAACACAAAUUAAAAAAAAAUUACACCUGUAAGUUUAUAAUAAUUGACAUUUUAAAUAUAUUUUUUUAAACACUGACAAGUUGUUUCGAAACUUCAGGUUGUUGGCUACAUCUGUGCAAUAGGUUUGCUCCUGUCUGCAUUCCAUUUUCCCAACAAAUUUUGGCUUAGACCAGUAUUAUACAUUAAAAAAAAAAUACUCGUUCAUUGAAAAACUACAUUUUCAUGCUUACAUGAGAGGCUUUCUUACAAUAGCUCUUGGUUAUAAAUAAAUAAACAUUAAAUUAUAGACCCCUACCUUCAGCAAUAUGGAAGUGCUCCUGAACGCCAGGUAAAAUGCAGAUGUUCAGGGACACUCCCAAAUUGCUGAAGGCAUAUAAGGUUUCCAAUCAUAUGUUUUAUUUAUUUCAUGAAAAUGUAAUGCUUUAUUAUUAGCUUAAAUUGCUGAAAUUGUAGUAUUAAAAUUAUAUAUCGCGUUGCCUUUCAAAUCAAUGCAUUAAACAAAUAAUAUUAUGAAAGAUUUCAAAACUUUAACAUUUACAAAUUGUCUUAAAAUGCCCCCUAUUAAAGGCUCUAUUUAAGGCCCUCUAUUAUAAUCAAUUGGUUCAGGAACCAAAAUUAAAUGAAACACAGCUGUUCCCAGCCCUUUGGAGUUUGACUUUGACAAGACUGUGUUGUGACAGAUGUUAUUUUGUUGACUGUGCCUUGUGGGUAGUGGACGGUGGUGAGAGAGCGCCCAAUGUUACCAUUAGCCCCGCAGCGCCCUGAUGUUGGCGCUCGGCGCUCUGCGCUCACUGCUCGCCAGUCGCCACUUGCUGCGCUUAGGGUAUUGUUACGGCCUCGGCCUAUUUAGACUUAGUUGAUGCCUUUUGGAAUCUGACUUUUUUAAAUCCGGGGUCCAUUCCAUUGUUAAUGGGGGUUAAAGUAUAAAAGUUCCUUAAAACUAGUGGAUAUGAAUGUUGAAUUUAAAUUAUUUAGAAUAUGUGUUAAAGACUCCUUAUAUCUUUUUUAGCUUUUGACAAAUUUUUUUAUUUAAGUUUAAGUAUGAGAAAAGUUUUUGAUUUCGCAGUAAGAGUAAAUGACGGAGUAUGGUAAAUAAUGUAGGUUUUAUUGAGUGUUUAUUACCAGUGUUCUGAUGGUAUGGAUUGAUUUGGCAUCGGUUCUAUUGAAAUGAAAUUUCAAAAGUAUCAACUUUCCAAUUGUGUAAAGUUACAAAAAGUAGUAGGCCUAUGGUUUGAUAUUGUUUGUAUGGAUGUUUUAAGUUUUUAAAACUUAAUCAUGUUUUGAUAUUUCAAGAGUAAAAUUGUUGGUUAAAAACUACAGAAAAAACGUGUUACAUAAAGAGGCAUGAAAGAAUUUAUUUUAUAUUUAAAUGUUUAGUUUGCCAUUUUGUCCAUUAAAUUUUGAAUGUAUGUAAUUGUUUUUUUAUUGAGGUUAUGUACAUACAGGAACAAUGUCCUACAAUUUAUGUAGAAACAAAUUUUAUACUUCGAACACCGACUGUGCCUAAUAUAUUUGUACUUUAGAAAUUCUAAAUAUUUUACAGCUUUGGCUGGUAUUCGAUUAUCAUUUUUGUAAUAUUUAUGUAAAAUGUAAUCUGCCAUAAAUGUAACAUUUUUAUGAAUUUUUAUAUAGCCUAUUAUUAAAUUUUUGUGACACCAAGUGAAAUUUGUAAGUUACCAAGGUGUUAAAUUAUAAUUUUAUAUAAUACUUUUGAUUUGUGAUCAAAGAAGCUUUGUUCAGAUUCCAAAAAGCAAAUUUUGGCUGAAAACUUGGCUGUAGAACGAGACACUAGCUAUACAAGUCUGCCUUACCUCACCACCUCGGAGCUUAUAAAAUUAUUAAAUUACAAUAAUAUAUAAAUAGUUAAAAUAUAGUAGUAUAUAAUUAAUUAUAUAACAUAUAUUGUACAAAUAUUUGUAUAUAGCGUAAAUUUUCAAGUUAUAUUAAAUGACUGCGAUAUUUCCGAUUUAAGCCAUUCGUACAAUGUACUUAAAUGUUUUUUGUAUGUUUAAAGAUUUUUACCAAAACCUUUACUGAUUCUUGGAUCUUGUUUAAAUUUAUUGUUCUCUAUUAUAAUAGGCCUUCCUUACAGUAACAUACGGUUCUCCUGUCUUAACAAUAUAAAUCAUCUAA